CCUGGCCGGAGGCCGGCACGCGGCGCUUAAAUCUGACGCCAGGCGGCCGACACCUGCGCUUCGGGAGGACGCCCCGAGUGGCUGCGCAGCACCAUGUUGUGCCGGGCGGUGGGCAGCACGAGCAGGCAGCUGAUCCCAGCUCUGGGAGCCCUGAGCUCCAGGCAGAAGCACAGCCUGCCUGACCUGCCCUACGACUAUGGCGCCCUGGAGCCUCACAUUAGCGCUAAGAUCAUGCAGCUGCACCACAGCAAACACCACGCCGCUUACGUGCAUAACUUAAACGUCACCGAGGAGAAGUAUAAGGAGGCGCUGGCAAAGGGUGAUGUCACAGCCCAGGUAGCUCUCCAGCCUGCGCUGAAGUUCAAUGGCGGAGGUCAUAUCAAUCAUAGCAUCUUCUGGACAAACCUGAGCCCUAAUGGCGGUGGAGAACCCAAAGGGGAGUUGCUGGAAGCCAUCAAACGUGACUUUGGUUCUUUUGCGAAGUUUAAGGAGAAGUUGACAGCCGUGUCUCUUAGCGUUCAAGGUUCAGGCUGGGGUUGGCUUGGUUUCAACAAGGAGUGGGGACACUUACAGAUUGCCGCUUGUUCAAAUCAGGAUCCGUUGCAAGGAACAACAGGGCUUAUCCCACUGCUUGGGAUUGAUGUGUGGGAGCAUGCUUACUACCUUCAGUAUGAAAAUGUCAGACCCGAUUAUCUGAAAGCUAUUUGGAAUGUCAUCAACUGGGAGAAUGUCAGUGAAAGAUACAUGGCUUGCAAAAAGUGAAACAUUAGCAUUCUACUGUGUAAGUCAAGGUCUUGAUGAUGAUUUUUGCAGUAGUGUAGAGUAUUACGAUAUAUUAAUAAGCUGCUUUAUGGUGUAUCAUUUCUUAAAUGUUGCUUAUUCAGAUAUUUGAUAAGCAGAAUUUAAUGCUAUGAAUAUUUUAUCGUUUUGAAAUUUUGUUAUCGGGCAAUUGUAAGAAUACUGAAUGCUUUGUAUGAUUUAAUGUUUUGAUUUGAACAUUUUGUUCAGAAAGCUAAGAUAGCCUAACCAAAAACCAAACCCGUUACUGUCGGGUGAAUUCCAACUCAUGGCAAAGAUAGCCUAAGAGAUUAUAAUUGUCAUCAUGAAAACCAUCAAAAAUAUUUCAUCCCAAGAUAAUUGGGGCCUGUAGGGAAGUCUUUCUAAUCCUGUUCUGUUGCAAUUGUAGAAAAUCUUGUCUUGCCCCAGCUUGACAAUAAAACCCACCUGAGGGAAAUUACUCAAUUUUCUAUUGAAAAUCGCUCUUUUCUGUAAGUAGCCCUCAGCCUACUAUAGCUUCUGGUCUUUGUUGUGUAUCCUGUAACCCAGUGGUCUUUGUUGUGUAUAGCCACCUGUUUCACAGGGUUAACGUAUUUAAAAAAACUAUAGCUUGAUUGCUAAUUGAGAACUGCUUUAUUAUAAAAAGUUGUGUUUUUGAAUUUUUCAAAUAUAAAAAUGUAGAAAUAUAUGUAUAAAACUGUACAAAGUGGACAAAUUUGGGCCUCGUUGAUAAAAUCAGUGACAGGUUAGACCACAGAUAUUUCCUGAUGCCCCCUUCCUGAGCAUUGCUGGGUUCCAGGACGGCCUUCUCCAGGAGGGCAAACUGGCCUCAGGGUGAGGCUGGCAGCACAUCUCCCUCAGAGACAGUGGUUUUCAAAGACUUGCUUUUUGAGUUAUUCAGUCUUUUUUAUUGUUUUUCAUUUUCUUUUUUUUUAAAUAUACAGUCACUAUAGAAACUUUAUAUUGUGUUGUUUUUCAGUAAAGGAAAGAUACAUCCAUAAGAUAGUGACACAGCAUGUCAGGUUAUGUUCCUGUUCAGUUUCUGCAAGUUGAGCUGCGAUUCUGUAAAUGUAGGAGGGACCCUUUUUGUAUUUGGUUAACAGUGUCACGCAUUUCCCCAUGUCGUUCAUCAUCUUCUGGAUUGUUUUAGUUGAUGCAGGAUAUUCUGUCCCUUGGACAUUUUCUGAUCUGUGUUAUUGGCCGUCUGCUACUAGAUAUUUUGCUUGUUUCCAAUUGUUAUUAUAAAGAACACUAUUGGAAUAUUCUCUAUAUAGGUUUUCUUCUAAACCUGUUUAGUAACAGGAUGGCUUCCCAACUCCAUAUUUCUAUUUUUAAUUUCCCCCAACUUAAUUUUUCUAUUUUUUUAAUGGAAAAAUGGAGUAACUUAGAAGUUUCAAUAUUGAAGACUGAAGUUUUUAAAAAAAAUUCGAGACACUUUUAGAAUUCAAUUAGGAAAGUAUUCAGAGUUGUCAGCAGCGCUGAUGAGACUAUUGGUAACUGUGCACACGCACGUUUGUGUGUUGAAAAACUAGAGACUGUGACUGCCGUUGUGUAUCUACCACAGGCGUGACUUACAUGGAGCUCAAAUGGGAGUCACGUGAUUACACUUGUCUCUAGAAACAGUGUUUAAACAGACCCCCAGUAAGCUAGGGGCCUUCCAAAAGAUGGGCUUUUGAAUACAGGAAGCAGUCUGCUAGGUCAUGGUUCAUAUGCAGCUAACAAACACGCAGAGACUACUGAUUUAUCUGAACGUUUUUGGCUCCUACUAAGCUUUGUGAUUUUAAAAAUAAUAUAGAAAUUUCUAUGGGCCUCUAUUCUUGCUUUGACUUUUUUUUUGUUUUGUUUUAAGCUUUGUGAUUUUAAAAAUAUUCAGUAUAGAAAUUUCUAUGGGCCUCUAUUUUUGCUUUGACUUUAUAUUGAGAGAAUGGUAGAAAGGAGGAGGAAAGCACGCUGCUUCAGGAGAGCAUUUUCCUUCCCGUGGGAUAGGCUUAUUUAAGACAUCAAGGUCAUUGACAAACUAAAGAUUGUAAUCAUCCAGUGGAAAAACGAGAACUUAGGAUUCUGCGUAGGCCUGUCUUCAUAACAGAAGAGAGAAGUAGAAUCGCAGUUUCUUCUGAAAGAACAAGUAUGGUCAUCCGGGGGGGUGUUUGUGAGCGCCGCAGCAGCGCCUGCCUGCCCGCGUCACGGAUGUGCUGGAAGAGCCUCAGGGUGACACAUGCUGAAAGGUCAAGGACGCAGAACAACUCCUGCCUUUGAAAUAGUAUUGUGGCUUAAACUGUAGCGUAAUAAUUAAACGCUUGUGUUGAGAAAUUACAACUUUAUUCCAUGCUCAAAUUCAUGAUCUUAAAAUGAGGUUUGAAUUUCUAUUGAGCACUUUUUAAAAAGUGACAUGGAAACAAUAAAAUUUAGAUUGAUGCGUGCUGUGAAUCAUCUAAAACUAGGUAUAAAUAUAAGUUUUAUCUUCUGUUUAAUUUCAGGGGAACUACUAUUUAGAAAAACUAUUUUAUAAAUUACUGUUCCUCAUUACCAGUCAUACCCUUAUGAUCCCAGCAAACUAACGUCCUGUCUCCUGAGGUAUGCAUCAAACCAAGCACACACUAAAGGUCCUAUAAGGUUCUGGAGCAUUUUCAUUUAAUCGUUCAUUAAAGAAACAUUUUCCUACUGUAAAUGACAUGUUUUGACUGUUAAUAAAAUAAUCUAUCAAGCAUCCUAAGAA